CCAUUUUCAUUAAAUCUUCAUUAAUUCUCUCAAUUCGAUCAAUUCAACCACUGUUUCACCUGCAAAAUUCUCUCCAAAAAACCCCCCCACCAUUAAUUUCUCCUCCUCUUUAAUUUCAACAUGUCCAAACAAAGUGCGAGAUCAAAGCAUGCAAUAAUACUUGAGAAACACAACACAACAAUAAGCCCCCCAAGAGACCAACAACCUCAAAAACCAUCCAAUAAUUACUUCAUAUUCUCCAAGAACUUGAAGAAAGUUCACCCCAUUAAUGGCCUCCACAAGACUUGCUCAGCACUUUCCUUGUCUUCUCUCUCGCUUUCGUUAUCGCAGACGUCCGACGAUUCCUCCCUCACUGACGACUCUUCUUUAUCUCCGUUGGAUGACAACAUAUCUCUGGCGCUUGGUUUCAUCGCUGCUUCGCCGGAAAGAAGAGGCUCUCGGCCGCCGCCGGCUACUAGAAAUGCCCGCCGGCAGCCUUGUAUUAGUCCUGCCCGGAAUAUUCCUAGCCCCAGUUCUAGCGAGGACGAGGUGAAGAGAUGCAACUGGAUUACGAAAAACAGUGAUAAUGUAUAUAUGCAGUUCCAUGAUGAAUGCUGGGGAGUUCCAGUCUAUGAUGAUAAUCAAUUGUUUGAGCUGCUUGCAAUGUCUAGCAUGUUGAUGGAUUUCAACUGGACUCAAAUUUUGAAAAAGAGAGAAGUACUCAGAGAAGCUUUUGGUGGGUUUAAUGUAAAGAAUGUGGCCAAAAUGGGGGAGAAAGAGAUUCAAGAAAUUGCAUCCAAAAAAGCAUUGAUGUUAACCGUGAGCAGAGUAAGGUGCAUUGUGCAGAAUGCCAAAUGCAUAAUGAAGAUAGUGAGUGAAUGUGGAUCAUUCAGCAGCUACAUGUGGAACCAUGUGGGCUUCAAACCCAUCAUCAACAGAUUCAAGUAUCCCAGAAAUGUUCCUCUGAGAAGCCCCAAAGCCGAGAUGAUUAGCAGGGAUUUGCUCAAGCGUGGCUUCCGGUUCGUCGGUCCGGUCAUCGUUUACUCCUUCAUGCAAGCCGCCGGCAUGACCAUAGAUCAUCUUCUGCCUUGUUUUAGAUACAAGGACUGUGUUAAUCUUGCUAGCUAGCUGCGCUCAAAGACCUUAAUUGGAGACAUGUCUGAUCUUCAGAUGUGAAAUUGAAAUUGGAAUUCAUUCAUGAUUAUAUAUAACACUAGUUCUUUUUCUUUCCUUUUCUUUUCUUUUAACCAAUAAUAAUAUUGAGGAGU